UAAUAAAUUCAUUAUUUUGUUAUACGAGACGCGGACAAGUCAAAAAGGUUUAACUACAGAGCUGUAAUACCAAACUCGUAGAAGGGAGUGGACUUAAAACUUUGUAUUGCUAUCCGUUGCUGGAGUUAAAUAAACAGAUUUGCAGACAUGGCAGAAGUGGAGCAAAGGCUUAACAUUUGUGUGCGAGCUGCUGAUUAUAACAAAAAUGUGGCGGCGCCACUACCCUCAACGCAUCAAAUCCUGAUGAUCUGUGAACUUAAAAAUAUCCACCCAAACAUCAUCCACAUUGAUGCGCAUCAGAAAAACAUGGGAAGUUUUCUCAACUUCGUUACGUCAGGGAAGCUUCCAGCAAUCAUCUAUGGUAAUGAGGAGCCUUAUCGUGCCAUCGAUGACGCAGAGGAAAUAGUGGAAUUCUUGGACGAAACAUAUCCCAAUCCGCCACUUAAAAGUUUUUCCAAGUCAGCGUUAAACAUACAACGAAGGAAUUUCCUUUCAGCAUUUCGUAAGAUGUUGAAAAACCAUAGUGGGGAAGAAAAACUACUUGAAGAGCUGCAGUGGCUGAAUAUUAAACUUAAAGAAAAGAAAACAAGAUUCCUUGAUGGAGAUACCAUUAAACUCCCCGAUUGCUACCUCCUUCCUCUGUUACACUUGAUACGAGUCGCUGGAAAAGUCAACAAAUUCGAGAUUCCUGAAAAGUUCACUCGAGUCUGGGAUUACAUCCGGGCAGCUAAUGAAUUACCAGCAUUCACCAAUCACAUGCCACCUGAUGACCUCAUAAUCAAACACUGGUGCAACUAAUGAGUUUAUAUCACCACAGGUAGCCCAGUAUAGUUUUUAUAGUUGUGACGUAUUCACGGUGCUAUUGCUGGUUUUCAAUCAAUCCCAUGCGAAUAAAACAACAAAAGAGAACGCGGCAAUGUUAAAUGUUAUAACAAAGGGCAAUAAUGACGUCUUUUUUUAACCAAUAUGAAGGUAUGAAAACCAGUUAUUGACGCCGUGAGCACUUUUAAGGCUUGGGCUUCCUGCGUUAAGUCAAAAUUCCUGCCAACAGAUUGCCAAAGAUAGUUUUUAAUCUCUGACGCAUUUCCGUGUCCAAUUACCCGUUCAUUUUCGUAAGUACUUCUUGAACGUUUUCCUUCGUUGCAAAAGACCUUUAAAAACUCAUAAGUGCAAAGUUUAAUUCUCCUUUAUAGGUUUAUAGGUAAUACCGCGCUUUUCAUAUAUUUUAAAACAACUCAAUACGCAGCACACUUCUUCGUGCUUUGGCUUCCUUCCUUUCCUUCAAAAUUACAACAAUCUGAGUUAGUGAAUUCUUUAUUGACAUGACGGAAGAAAAAACCCAGUCGUGCGAGGUUGUCAAAUCUUUUCAGAAAGAUGUAAUGCGCGAAAAUCUUUAAAGACAAACUUCACAUUGAUAAACCGUUUUUAGGGUAUAUUUUAUAUAUAUAUAUAUAUAACAUAUAUAGGGCAUCCUAAUUGACAGCGUACGUACGAUGUUAAAUUGUUGUCAUUAUCCUAACUUAGCGCGCUUUCCUUGUUUCUGCGACCAAGACAACUCCUGGCGUAGGAUAGUUCUUCGUGCUUUUGUUGCCGUCCAUCAAAUGUAAAACAGUCUGAGUUGAGCUAAGUUAGUAAAUGCCUGAUUGAUGGAAGCAAAAAGCUGCGUAAUUUCGUCUCAGAAAGAUGAAAUGCGCUUCUAAUGCUCCCAAAAUCCAAUAGAUACUUCACUGGUUAAACAAUUUCAUUUAGGGUAUAUAUACAAAUCCCCGUGCAACUAAGGGCAUAUGGACAACGUACAAUAUGAGAUUUACAACUUGCCACUAACCUGAAUACAAGUCUAGAGUUCUAAACAGGUAUAUUAAAGGAAAUUCUAAGUAUAGUUUCUGAUUGAUUUCCGAGAACAAUAUUUUUAGACAUUUUUAUACAAUAAUCUUUUAUGGUGCAUUUUGAACGUGCUGCCCGCGUGAACAAUUUCUGAUCAAAGCGAAGUCUAUAGACACCUAACCCAAUAAUAAAUAUAAUUUUCUCCUUAAGAAAAUGACUAAAAUAUGUUGUCAUCUCAUUGUUUCUGCCCUUUAACAUUGGCUGCCCUGAAAACCCUCUGUGAUAAUAAAGGUGCAACGAUAGUAA